AUGGCGCUUCACCACAUAAGCGACAUGACGCUCGAGGAGCUCGAGUGCUUUGUUCGCCAGGACGGAGAGGCGCUGCACCUCUCGCCCGCGGACGUGAUUGCGCUGCACCUGCACCGGCAGCGCCGUGCGUACCUCGCCGGUAGAGAACGCCCGGCGUGCGUCAACGCCAUCACGAAGGGUGAUGACGGGCCCUCGUGUCAUUCCCUGCGUCUUCUCGUCCUUGGCGACGAGACGGACGACAAACUGGGGCUGGCGGCCUUGCUGCUUCAUGGCGGCUGGGGAAGCCCCCGCCAAGAGCCGUUGGUGUUUGGACUCGGCGCCGCGGCUGAUGACGACAACGACGACGUGGAACCCCGUGACAAUGAGAGUGGAGGCUGCGCUACUCGCACCGCCUUCCCACGGGUGAAGGUGCUCGUGCCAGGUGUGGCAGACGUGACCGCCUCUCUCCGCGGCGAGUUGUGCCUUGCCAGCGACGUUAUUUUGUUGUGCUUCAGUGUUGGCAACCGCGACACGUUGGACGCCCUGCGUCAGCGGUGGUGGAGGGAGGAGGUGGGAAGGGCCUUUACAGUACUCGCGCAGGAUCUUGCCGACACCUGCCACGUCGUACGGUGGCCCGUCACGCCUGUCGUCGUCGUGGGGCUUGCCGCAGAGACGAGGCGGACGCCCACGGCGGGGCACACUCCACUUGUAUCGCACACGGAGGCGGUACAGCUGGCCCAGGCAAUGGGGGCCAGCAAGUAUGUGGAGAUCCUUUCCGGCAACCUUCACCAUGCCCGUUCACUCGUGACGCAGUGCAUACAUGUGACACACGCCUUCCAGCACUCUCUCACGACGGAGGCGGGGGCUGCGGCCGUCUCGUUCCUUGCCGCGGCGAAGCAGCAGAUGCUGCGAUGUCACUUAAAAGUUCCAAGGCCAGAUGGAAAGGUGGAUCUAGAAACGAUGAAACUUCGGCUGCACGUGACGCCAGGCAUCACGUAUGUCAUGACAUUUGAUGGAACAGAUCCACGCUGGCACGCGUCAUCCGUGCAAGUUCCACACGACGGUGUCGUUGAUCUGCGGCCGUACUGCAAACAGCCGGGAACUGUACUCCACAUUUGUGGCAUGGCCCGUUGUGCCCACUCCAGUGACGUCUUGGAAGUUGAGGUGCCUAGUACGUUAAGACCGCCUAGUGGUUACUUUGACGCUGUCUGGCGACGAUUUGUGUUAGUAGCGGCGCCGGGUGACACGGCUGUUGCACACCGCGAGGUUCGCUACACGCUGGACGGCACACAACCCACGAAGACCUCGAUGUUAUACGUGCAUCCUAUCGCAUUGGACACAGCAUCAUCGGUUGACGCCCCAUGGGGGUCGUGGCGAAGUGCUGUACCGCCCCCACCUGUCAUUCGCCUCGCUUCCUUUGCUGCCGGUGACUUUGCCUCCCCCGUCGUCACGUACGAGGUGCCAGCCGUGCUGGACACGCCGCGGAUUGUCUACUCCGCACACGACACCACCGUCUACCUCGCGUCUCCACACCAAACGGCGGAUUACCGCUACACGCUAGACGGAACGACACCGACACCCGCGUCACCGCUCUACACAGGGCCACUAAGCCUUGCAGCCGAUGCGACACGGGAGGUACGUGUUGUGGCGUUUCCAAAGGUGUUGUUUUCGAGCCGGGAAGCGGUGGUGUACGUGCCGCAGGGCUCUGCUACCACCGGUAAUUUCCCUACUGCGACUUCCAAUAGACGUCAAGGUACAUCGAGGCGUGCGUUUCACACCACACGUGCGGCAAUGAUGCGGGGGCAAUGCUCGUCGCAGAAGCUACGCAGUAACAGCGGCAGCGGCCUCAUCAAUAGUUUUAUCGGCGGCAGGGCCGCUGAGAGGAGGGGAAGGCAUGUGUCCGGCGGCAACGAGGAGGGAAGCGAACCUUCACGGAUGCUGGCAAGGUCACCCAUGUCCUCUUCCUCUUACGCGGUCAGUCCCAGACUUCGAACUGCAACUCGCGCUUCUUUACACCGUUUUAACGGCAGCAACGGGAGCAGGGGCAGCAGCAGCAACAACAACAACAAGACGCCGAAUACGGCAUACACCGCGAAGGUGACGUCUCGGCAACGGCGUGACAGUUUUAAAUCAACGUCUUCAUGGGCGGUGCAGGGGCGGGUCCCAAGCGCCGUGGCCCACACGGAAUAUGAUGACGGUGGGGAUGAGAAGUUGCUGCAAUUUACGAUGGCAUCGGCGGCAGAGGGCUGUGCCAUCACACUGGAUCAAAAAAGUGGGUCGCCGAGGCAGGAUGUUAGAAGCAAUCUAAAUCUUGAUGCGAGGGAGACGUUGGGCAAUCCACUAUGCACGGCCGAUAACAACAUGGUGGUUUUUGAGUUCCCUAACCCUAUUAGUCUUUCUUGCAUCACGGUGGUGACACCGGGGGACGGCAUGGGCGCUACCUCGUACGAGGUAGAGGUGAAGCAUGCACAUGGAACGGGUUUUUUGUCCGUCGGCAGCGGCGAACUGCGGGACAUGAAAGGUGUUCAGACGAUGAAUGUCCUCGCCAAUACCCGUCUGUUUCCCAUUGACAAGGUGCGUUGCGUGUUUGGUGGUAUGACUGCGUCAGGCUUUCGCGUGAAGGAUUUGAAGGUGCAUGGGAAGUCAUUCAAGUGA